GAUUUUAGACGUUGUAGCGCUGCUGCAUCGUUCGUUUCGAACAUGGCCGCGGCGGAAUGUGAAGCGAAGGAGGGCACCUCAGCGGACCUGUUGAAAACACCGGUGUUGUCGGACGAGGCCGUCAAUGUAAUCCAGAAAGAUGAGGACUCCGGCAUUCCGUUGCAGACGCCUUGGACCUUUUGGCUCGACAAAGCCAUCCCUGGUACAACUGCCGAGGAAUACAAAAACAACUUGCAGAAAAUCUACACUGUAAACACCGUUCAAACUUUCUGGGCAGUCUUCAAUAACAUACCAAAUGCUGGAGAUAUGCAGGUUAAAUACAGUUACCAUUUAAUGAGAGAUGACAGAUAUCCUUUAUGGGAAGACAAAGUGAAUCAAAAGGGUGGUACCUGGAGAUUGAAGUGCCAUAAAUAUGAUACCGAAUGUGUAUGGAAAGAAGUUGUACUUGCAGCUAUCGGGGAACAGUUUGCUUUAGAUGUAGCACAGGAGGAUGAAAUUUGUGGCAUGACUGUAUCUAUCCGUGAUAGGGAGGAUCUCAUUCAAAUUUGGAACGUAAACGCUGAUCUAGUAUCAAAAGCUACGGUUUUACCUAAAGUUCACUCUCUAGUGCCUAACGUAAACUUCUUGGGAGAGUUUUAUAAACCUCAUAAAUCCCACCAUGCGUACGGGAGACAUUAAAUAUACAGCAACAUUGUGAUGAAGAUUAUAUUGAAUUGUUAAAUAUAUUAUAUUAUAUAAGAUUAUGACAAUAAUGAACAUAUAUUUACGUGUUCUAUAAAUAAUGUUCGUAUUAUUGAAUAAUAUGAACAAAAGCCCUUCUGUAAAACUCAGAACACAGAAAAUGUUGAAGAGAGAAAGAGAGUUAUCAUUAUAUACAUGUAUACGUGUUUUAAAAGUUUGUUACUUGUGAAUUUUGUUUAAAUGCGCAUUAUCCGAUGCGUUACGCACUGAAUUCGAUAUUUUGUCAAAUCGAAUUGCUGUUGUAACCGUUAUACAAACAUGAAAUAUAUUUUUAUAUUUACUA